UCCACUCAGCAAUGUGACUUCCCAUUCCAGCAGCACACACACAGCGUGAGUGUGCUCUCCAUGUCUCCACAACUCUGCAGCGCUGCCAUGGACUCCAGCACCACCGAAAAACAACUUUUACUGCGUAUCUAAUGUGCGCCGGCUGGAAGGCUCAGGGACGACGAAGAAGAAGAAGAAGAAGAAGAAAAGGAAGAAGACGACGAAGUGAGCGGAGCAGCGACUGCAUCUUAUCUGAAAAGAUAAAACAAAACUUCUCUCUAGGAACGGAAUCGAGACCAGCCUUACUCGGAGGCUGUUUUAGGAUCCUGUUUGGGGUUCGGUCACCUGCUGGCUAUAAAGUGCUACACUGAGAAGUUGCAUCACAAUGGAAACGGCCAUCAGCAGCCCUGGUGCAGGCAACCAGUCGCUGUUCAUGCAGGAGCUCAACUACAGCUGUCGCUUUAACGAGGAGUUCAAAUACAUCCUGCUGCCCGUGUCCUACAGUCUGGUGUUUGUGGUCGGCCUCGUGCUCAACGCCACGGCUCUGUGGUUGUUCCUAAAGAUGCGUCCGUGGAACCCGAGCACCGUGUUCAUGUUCCACCUCGCCAUGUCCGACUUCCUGUACGUCCUCUCCCUGCCCAUGCUCAUCUACUACUACGCCAACCGCAGUGACUGGCCCUUUGGAGUGGUCACCUGCAAAAUAGUGCGCUUCCUUUUCUACGCCAACCUCUACUGCAGCAUCCUGUUCCUCACCUGCAUCAGCGUGCACCGCUACCUGGGCAUCUGCCACCCAAUCAAAGCGAUGACCCUGGUGAAGCCCCGCCACGCCCACCUGGCGUGUGCCAUGGUGUGGUGUGUGGUGAGCGUUUGCCUGGUGCCCAACCUCAUCUUCGUCACCACCUCCAGGAGGGACAACGACACCGUGUGCCACGACACGACCAGCCACGGGGCCUUCGAGGAGUACGUGGACUACAGCUCCGUGGUGAUGGUCCUCCUGUUUGGCGUCCCGUUCCUGGUCAUCAUGGUGUGUUACUGCUUGAUGGCGCGGGCCCUGUGCCGACCCAGACGGGGAUUAUCUGCCAGCCAGCAGGGCGCCGCCUCGCGUCAAAAGUCCAUCAAGCUCAUCAUAAUUGUCUUGGUGGUGUUCGCUGUGAGCUUCGUGCCAUUUCACAUCACACGGACACUCUACUACACCGCCCGUGUGUUAAAACUUAACUGCAGAACCCUUAACAUCGUCAACUUUACUUACAAGAUCACCAGGCCGCUGGCGAGCAUCAACAGCUGCAUUGAUCCAAUUCUGUAUUUCCUGGCCGGGGAUCACUACAGAUCCAAAAUGAUGUCUGUUUUGACUGGAAACAGACAAACGACAAGCAGCCAAUUACCAGAACAGGCACCGGCGAACAGCAACCCGGGCAUCGCUCUGGUCUAUAAGAACCCAGCCCAUAAAACCAAAGAGGAUUUUGAGAGAUAGAAAGAAAUAUUUUGCAGACAUCUAAAGUAUUAAAGGUGCAAUGUGUAACAUAUGACCAGAUUUUAGUUUAAAAAUGAACUAACAUUAUCUAGACAUUAUGAAGGAGUCACAGUUUUGACGUUACAUUGAAGACGUCUAUGUACAGUGAUGUGUUGCAGAGUUAUCUAAUGAAGUAAGCAUGCAAACUUCACUUUCAGUGGAAAAGCCAACCAAUAACAAAAAGUGUGUAGGUGCUUGAUCCCACUACAAAGCAGUAAACUGAUAUCCGUCUGUUCCACAUCCUGCACUGCCCACAUUCAACACGAAUAUUGCCUUGGCACUCGCUUGCAUUUGAGUAUGUGUGACCACAGCCUGAGUAGUAAAACAGUUGGCAGCUUUACACCUGAAACUAAAACUCAAUUUAGGAACUACACCCAAGGAGAAUGUUGCAAUAAAUGGGGCCCCUGAGUGUCUAUCUCCAUCCCAUGGGAGAUUACUUGCUUAGUGGAUGUGAUGACAGAAAAACCACAAGUAAGCCAAGCUAGGCUGAGUCGAGCUUAGCACAAACCUGCUGUACAGCAUUUUUCACCUGCUUUCUCUUUAACUAGCUGGGUGACAUGAGACUGUGGAUUACAAACAACUGCACAGACAGUUGUGUUAUGAUGAUAAUGUCGACUUUGCUGCACAAAAACAUCCUGACUUAGCUUAAAGCUAGCACUUCCGUGCUAACCCCACUCCCAGACUCCGCAUUGCAUCCACCUGUGGCUCCGCCUGUGCCUCCUCUCUGCAGAGCUGUGGGUGUGUGUGCUCUCCACUGAUGGAGCUAGUCUCUCCUUGGUCCAGUUAUUGGCAACAGUCUUUUAAACGUAGAAUCUCAGUUCGGGUGUCAAUCUUAAUUUUAGAUUGGAACUUUUGCUAUACACUGUUGAGGACAUUGCAAGAUUUUUUGUAUCUGACUGUACUGAAUCUUGAACAGUUUCAUUAUUUCAUUUAGUCAAUAAUGUCAUUGCACCAAGUGAAAUGCUGCCCCAAGCACCUGUUUGAUUUUACUUUUGUUUUGCACUGAGAAGUUUGGAGGAGAAUAAGUUUACUGUAACAUUUACUCACAGUAUAGUGUGCUUUCAAUCCAACAAAGCAGUGUUUAACAAGCAUAAAGACUAUUUCCCCUCACUACUGUGUCUGUAAGAUGAACUUCAGGUGGGAGGGAGUCUGGACCCUUUCCUCUGCGUACAGUCUCCGACCACAAAGGGAUUAUUAUUACACCAAGUUAUAAUAGACAGUAUUUAUGCUGCUGUGUUCUCUUCUCCUUUGUGGGGAAACGAUGCAUAUACAAAAUAAAGUUUUACAUUGAAAUUA